AUGUCUACCACUACGAGAGGUCAAAAGCAACACAUGUCAGACCUAGAAGCAAUGAUGCAGCGUGCCUUCUUCACCUACUAUUUCGCCAUCUCAUUCAACUACUCAGUCACUCAGUUAGCCACUCAGCCAGAGCAUUCAGUUAAGCAGAAGGAGGAGCAAUGCGGAACGGAGAACACUGCGGAGAACACUGCGGAGAACACUGCGGAGAACACUGCGGGGAACACUGCGGAGAAACCAAGCGACAACAAGACCACCAUCAUCAAGAACAUGGCUCAGCUCUCCAAGAUCCCACGUCAUGUGCUCUCCACAAUCCCACGUCAAAUCGCCACACAGCCCGCGGAGAACGACACUACAAUUUGGCCUGCUGUCUCCACAUGCCUGGGCAAUAUCACAUUGUGGUACAUCACUGCAAUGACGACACAAGAGGAGGACCUACUACGACGGUCACAGCCAAAUCACUAUGGCUAUGGCAAUUGGACCUCUACAGGAGGACAUCGGACGAUGCAUAUUUGGACGAAUUGA